UUUUUUUUAUAAGAUCGGACUAGAUACCUGUUUGGAUACAGGAAGAAAACCACUCGAGCCAUUUGGCGCCAUUUUUCUCGAGUCCACAUAUUUCCAUGCUUUGUCCCCCAUCUAUACAAACCCUAAUGAUCGAAUUACAAACCAACCGAGCUAUCUAAGCAAGAAUGCGACGGCCCUCUUUCCACUCCGGUUUCUUCUCCUCUCUCAAACAGGUAGAGAAGAGACUGAAACUAGAGAACCCAUCACAGCCCUCCACUCCGUCUCCACCGCCGCCGCCGCCACCACAAGAAACUUGCAAUACACAAAUUGAAUCUCUGAGCUCCCCUAUAUACCUCAACUUUGACCAACCUAACAACAGCAGCAGCAGCAAUAUUAACCACCUCUCAUCCCUCCAAUCCAGCGAGCCUCCAAGAGAAUUCCUCUCAUGUUCCUUAGAUUUUCCACAAACCCAUGAGAACCCACCUCCACCAGACACUGUACAAGACCCACAAACAAUCAACAGAACCGCGGCCAAUGAGAUUGAAUUGUUAAUACAGCUUCUGUGUUUGUCAGAUUGCGAAGAGGAGGAAGAGGGAAACAGGUUUGGUUUGGGGUCAAAGAGCGGUGGUGGGGUUGGCGGAAGUUGUGGUCAUGAGUGUGGAUUCUAUUCCAAGAUUGUUGGAGUUAAGGGGCCCAAAUGUGGGAGAGAAGUGGAGAGACUGGAGGGAUGGAUUAAGCACUUUAAGAAUGAUGGUGGAGAUGGACGGAGGGAACCUCUGAGAUUGGCUUAUUUGCUUUUGGCCAAAGCAGCUUCUCUUUCCGAGGGCAGUGGUGGUUUUGGUGAAAUAGAGUUCCCCACAACUGUGGAGGAGUUCUUGAAUCAUGAUCCCCCGAAAUACUAGGCCUGUUUUGGAGAAUAGGUUCAACAGAGCACCUAGCUAAUUCCAAUGUUGGAAAAAUUGCCAGGCGGGGACUAGGUGCCGACUAGUUGGCUGCUUAAUCUAGGCGUUGGACCACUGCCUAACGCCUAGGCGAGGAGUAGUCAGCCCAGGUGGCCAAUUUUUUUAGAACACUGGCUAAUUCCUUAUGAGAUUGUUAAAGAAUUAGCAAGAAACUAUGUUGAAAGUCUCUUCUUUGUCUAGUAUUGGUGAUUAUGUUGUAUUCACAAUGUUAUGGAC